AUGGAUUACGAUCAAAUUGCCAUCGACAGAUACCACAACGCCCUGGAACUGAUAUCAAAAAAUGAAACCAUUCGAUCUCGCAUAGACCCUCUACUCACCAGGAACAAGAUUGUCCGAGUUCCUUUUCACCCAACAGUAGAGUAUUUGGGAGUUCUGGUGGAUGGUGGACGCCACUAUUUUCCGAUGGACUGGAUAAAGGAGCUGAUUGUGUACCUUCACCAACUACGCUACAACAUGAUUCAUCUGAGACUGACAGAUGAUCAAGCAUUCAAUCUACAACUGGUCUCUCAUCCUGAGCUAGCAAAUCCUUCAGCCACCAGUAUUGACCCAAACAAUAAAACGGACAGAGGAAAGUUCUACACUGCGGACGAACUGCGAGAGCUAGUGGCAUUUGCCAAGGAGCAUGAUAUUGACAUUAUCCCCGAAAUCAAUGUGCCGGGACAUGCUGGAGCAUGGACUGGCAUUCCAAACAUGACUGUUCCUUGUGCACUAUUCAUCUGCAACAAAGGCUAUGGAAUUCCCCUCAACAUUCACCAUCCCCAAAUCAAAAAAAUACUAAAGGACAUUUUGGGGGAAGUGAUUGACAUCUUUGACAAUCCACCGUUUCUUCACCUUGGAGGUGAUGAAGUCAACAUGGCAAAAGAUUGCUUUGCAGAGGCAGGAAUGCAACCAUUUGAGUAUGGAUCCUUUGAACGAAUGCUGCAAGAGAUUUUGGCAGAACUUGGUUUUCCGGAGGAUCGCGUGGUCCGAUGGGAGGAAACACCACAGCUUUCCAAUGACUUUGAUGCUAGCAGACCACGUCCGUCCUUUCGAGCGGGUGACAUGGAACAUUACUGGCAUGAUCCUCCGGGAAUACGAACAGGACUUGGUGGUAUGGUCAUGGAUUCAAUAUCCAAACCUCCCAGCAAGCCUUUUUUCGUCUCUCGCAAGCUCUACAUGGAUACAAACCAUGACAGCGGCGCCAUUCAGGUAUACAACUCCACGGUCGACAAUCUACAGCUUGACAAGGGACCCGCCUACUUUCCACUGGGCGUGAUAGCUGGAGCAUUUGAGUUGGAUCCCAACACAUGGGUGCAUCGCAAUGUGGCUGCCCGGCUCAUUGCCGUGGCCAUGGGGGCAGCACAGCUGGACCUGAAUAGUACAAUGGAAGUUCUUGCCUUUUAUAACCACACCUGCCGCGAAACUUUGGAAUUAGACCCAGUACUGUGCGAUCUUCAGGGCUACACUGCUGCUACGUUGUACGACUACCGCAACACCUGGCAAUUAGGACAGAAUCUGUGUCGCAGCAGCAUGUGUGAGAGAUUGACCAAGCAGGUGCAAACGCCCUCUAUGAGGCCCAAGGGGAAUCGCCGAGACAGGGCCCUUCAAGAGGCGAAUGAUUAUCUGUGGAAGACAAUGAACAAGCCGCUUUUCAACAAGACUCUCUUGAUGAAGCAGGAAAGCGACGUCUUGUCGCGACGUCAUGGUCGUGUGCAGACGGGGGUGAUUCUAGAUUUGGUGAAUGGAAUGCAACCUGUCAACCAAACAAAGGCACUGCUUCAAAAUUACCUUGCUCCGCUGGGUAUAUCGCUUCUACAGUUGCGUCUUCUCGACAAUAAUGCCUUUGCUCUUCAGCUGGACAUUGUCAAAGGCGUUGGACACUCUAUUCUGGUCAAUACCACCAAUGCGCUUCUGAAAGCCUCCGAACUUGCUUCCUUGGUCCAGCUAUCGCAUCAGCUAGGCAUUCAGGCUUUUCCAGAGAUUAGCGUGUCCACCAAUGCAGGUGGUUGGGCGUCUUCUGGUAUCGUCGUAAAAUGCCCGGCAACCUAUUGCGACGAGGAGUCGGACGUGCUGGGACCAAUCGCUGUGGAUGUGCGACGACCGGACUCUCUGACCAUUCUCUAUGCUGCCAUCCGAGAGCUGCUAUUCAUCUUUUCCUCUGUGAAUGGUACCACAGCUGGCAACAGCACUAAGAAUCUGCUGCUCCAUCUUGGGUCGGACGAACGGCAAGCCAGCGACUCAUGCUUCCAAGAAGAAGCUCGUAGCGAGGGUAGCAGCUAUUCCAUUCUCGCAGACUUUGAGCAAGAGUUAACCAGGAUAAUGCAAGAAAUGGUGGGGUUCCCGGUACGAAACAUUGUACGAUGGGAGAAUGCGGAGAAGGAACGCUACAAAGAUCGGACGGGCGACGUGACGCACUAUCCGUCCUCAUAUCCAUUUGAGCCACCUCGAGUGCGCGACAAUGAGCCCUUCUUUGUGACGAUCGAUAUUCUGGCUCAGUCGUCCAUUUACGAAAUCUAUCAAAACACGUUGACUCUAGUAAAGCUCGAGCCAUUGGCAGUGUUUCUCGAGCUCCGACGCUUGGACCGGGGAACUUGGCGUGACUAUCAAAUGGAGAUGAGAUUGGCGGCGUUUCUGAUGGCUACAGGAUCGUCGAUUCCGGAAUAUGAAGAUGAGAGUUUCGUGUUCCUCGAGCAGGUAUCCCAAACCUGCCAAAACCUGGGAUAUGAAAAUUGCGAGGUCACGCGGUCGUGGAGGCUACGCCAAUGGUUUGGACAAUCUGAGUCCAAGCCAGCCUACUUCAUCGAAAGCAAACGCGUUCGCGACGGCAUCUGCGAGGAACUCACCGACAGUCGAACCCUGAGAAAGGUGAGGAGUGAGUUUCUCGCUUGA